CGGCGGGAGACCCCUUCCCUGGCUGGCGCUGCGCUGAUCCCCGAGCCGAGGAAACGGAGUAGUUUCUGAGUUCUCUGCUCGGUUUUAGGGCGGCAGCAGCCGGAAGAGGAACAUGGCACUCAUAGGCGGCCAAGCGGAGCUGGAAGCCGACGAGGACAUCUUUGAAGAUGCCUUGGAAACCGUCUCUAUAUCUUGCUCAGAUAUGGCAACAAGCAGUCUUCACUUUGCAUCGUGUGAUACGAAACGGGCAUCCAGACAUCCUGGAGCGUCUGCUGUGCGCAGUUCAUCAUCAACCAAGGUGGAUCUCAAGAGUGGCCUAGAAGAAUGUGGUGUGGCAUUGGACUUAUUUUUAAGUAACAAAUUUACAGACGCCUUAGAAUUGCUCCGACCAUGGGCUAAGGAGAGUAUGUACCAUGCUCUGGGCUACAGUACCAUUGUGGUGUUGCAGGCUGUCAUGACCUUUGAGCAACAGGACAUCCAAAACGGCAUUUCUGCUAUGAAGGACGCUUUACAGACCUGCCAAAAAUACAGGAAAAAAUGCACGGUUGUAGAAUCUUUCUCAAAUCUUCUUUCUAGAGGAUCAUUAGAACAGCUGAGCGAAGAGGAAAUGCAUGCUGAAAUCUGUUAUGCCGAGUGUCUCCUGCAGAAAGCCGCACUCACGUUUGUGCAGGAUGAAAAUAUGAUCAACUUCAUCAAAGGUGGACUCAAAAUUAGAACAAGUUACCAAAUAUAUAAAGAAUGUCUUUCAAUCCUGCAUGAAAUUCAGAAGAACAAACUUGAGCAGGAAUUCUUCUAUGAGUUUGAAGGGGGCGUCAAGCUUGGUACUGGGGCCUUUAAUUUGAUGCUGUCACUUUUACCUACAAGGAUUAUCAGACUACUAGAAUUUAUUGGAUUUUCUGGAAACAGGGAGUUAGGCCUCCUGCAGUUACGGGAAGGUGCAUCAGGGAAGAGCAUGAGGUCCCCACUGUGCUGCUUAACCAUCCUCGCUUUUCAUACGUACAUCUCCCUGAUCCUUGGUACAGGAGAAGUGAAUGUUGUGGAAGCAGAAAGUCUCCUCGAACCCUUCCUCCAGCAGUUCCCAAAUGGCUCACUUAUGUUGUUUUAUCAUGCCCGGAUAGAGCUGCUGAAAGGGAAUCUUGAAGAGGCACAAGAGGUAUUUCGAAAAUGCAUUUCAGUUCAAGAAGAAUGGAAACAGUUUCACCAUCUGUGUUACUGGGAGCUAAUGUGGAUUUAUGUAUUCCAACAAAACUGGAUGCAGGCGUAUUACUAUUCAGAUCUGCUCUGCAGAGAAAGUAAAUGGUCCAAGGCGACAUAUGUGUUCUUGAAAGCUGCAAUUUUGAGUAUGCUUCCAGAGGAGGACGUAUUAGCAACUAAGGAGAAUGUAGUAACUUUGUUCAGACAGGUGGAAGGCUUGAAGCAGAGAAUUGCUGGUAAAUCUCUCCCUACCGAGAAGUUUGCUGUGAGGAAGUCUCGCCGCUACUCUGCCUCCUUGCCUGCACCCGUGAAGCUAGUCUUGCCUGCUCUGGAAAUGAUGUAUGUCUGGAAUGGUUUUUCAAUAGUGGGCAAAAGAAAAGACCUUUCUGAAAAUCUGCUGGUAACUGUUGAAAAGGCUGAGGCAGCUUUACAAAAUCAAAACUUUCAUGACUUCUCUGUGGAUGAUGACUGCUUAGUAAAGUUACUGAAAGGAUGCUGCCUCAAGAACUUACAACGGCCCUUGCAAGCCGAACUGUGUUUCAAUCAUGUCAUAGAAAGUGAAAAGCUACUGAAGUAUGAUCACUACCUAGUGCCCUUCACUCUGUUUGAGUUGGCAUUUUUGUAUAAAAGCCAAGGGGAAAUUGACAAAGCUAUAAAGGUCCUUGAAACUGCAAGGAACAACUAUAAAGAUUACUCCUUGGAAUCCAGACUACACUUCAGAAUUCAGGCAGCUCUUCACCUCUGGAGAAAACCUUCCUCAGAUUGAGCAGAAGAUGAAAGAUGGAAUAUUUCUGUCAGUUAGCACUGGCAUCUGCUAUAGAUUAGACCUUAUAUUAAAGUGGAAAAAUGAUCUUGUGAAUAAGAGACAAAAAACUAAUUUUAUUGUCAAUAUUUUCUAUCAUCUGAGUAGUUUACUGUUGCUCUACAUAAUUUUUUUUUCCUAUGGAAUGACAUUCAGUACUAUCUAGAAAAUUCUUAUAUUUUGCCUCUCCAAACAAAAUUUCUUAUUAGAUUUGAAUGGGGGGAAGGGGCAAUGAAGUCUUUUAAAAGACUUAUAGGUACAAUUAGAUUAUUUAUUUUUUUAAUGUGGAAAUUAGUAUUGUUUAAGGAAUAUAUAGUUUACAAGUUGGACCAUUUUUAGAUUUGUUGGUCAGUUAAACUUCAGAGAUAUUUUGUUGCCUAGUAUUUAUAUUUCAGAGGGGAAAUAAACAUCAUUUACAUUUAAAAUUGCUUGACAAUGACCUUCUGAAGAUGAUGUGAUUAUGUAUUUUGUAGGUUGAAGAGACCUAUAUCUAUAAAAGAUGAUGAAAUAUUAAAUUAUUACUUUUUUACUCUUCAGGUUGGUUAAAGGUGGUGACACUUUUCAGAGACUAUCCUGUUUUUGAAUGUACUCAUCUAUUAUAAUAACACAAUCCAAAAAUCCCUGUGUAUCUAAAGGGAAGGAAAGUAUCAUAUUUUAGGAAUGAUCCUUAACUUUGGCUGCAAGAGCCUAAGAUAUAUACAUUGAUUAUUUUUCUUAUAGGACUCAAAGUUCCUGCUGCUUUAAGUGAUAUGUAAAAUAGUAAUAAUUUUUACACUUAUGAUGUUGGUAAGAUCUAAUUUUCUAAUCUCUCCAGCACUGUGACGGUUCUUUGUAAAUAUUUGGACUGUACUUAGUCCUUUAAUUGGGAAAUAGAAUCAGGGCAUGGAGAGGAAGAGCUCAGAGAGCUUGACUGUGUGGUCCUGGCUCUGCUGCGGGUUAGCAGUUCACAGGGCGGCCCUUGGGGAGUUCCCUGCUCCAUGUGUAUCACCAUAUCUUACAGAUGACUUUGAAGGUCUCUUUCAGUUUUGUAACUGUGAGUCUAUGUAUUAGGUAUUUAUUUUUAACAAACAAUGUUAAAAUGCUGAAUCAAAACCAUUAGAAUGUGUUUUAUUUUUCAGUCGUCACUGUUCCCUCAGUUCCCCACACGUAUAUGUUAUUGCUAAGGACCUGAUUGCAGCCAGAGUGAGCAAGGACAAUUCAUGAGUGGAUGAAUCUAGAUUUUUUUCCUAUUUCUAUUUCCAGUUUGAAGAAUAACUUGACAGAGAAGCCUCUGUGAUUUUACAGAAAGAGCCACAGAUUAGGAGCCAGGAGUUUGUCUCUGUGGGUUAAUAGUUCUGUGACAUGGAAUAAGUGACUCACCUUUCCUGGGGUUCAUUUUCCUGAGUGUGGAUAGCAAUGUAGUACUUGGUUCUUAAGAGGGUUCAAUUAGAAAAGGCACAUAGUAGCUCUUUGUGAAGUAGGAAAGGCUAUACAAGUAUGAGUUAUCUGAUUACAGUAUCAGCAUAAAAGUAUUGGCUGAGUCUGUGGCCUUGUUUGUCAAAUGAAGGAGAAAUCUAAAUACCUUUGAGUUUUAUUCCUGUGUUUGGCAUUAAUAUACCAAAUUUGUGUCCA